CUCGCUCAUUCGGGGUCUGUGCAUAACAAUGACUCGGUGAAGGCGUCGUCGUUGAUGCUCGAUGCUCAAAGACGAAUGCUUGAGGACAUUGUUCUUGCUCCGCUUUGUGGGUGAGUCGAGUGGCAUUCACCCUCACUGUUACCGGCGGUGCCUUCCUCGACGAGUGGCCGUUGUCGACGUCUUCCGGCAUUUCUCUACGCGUCUUGAAUCACGACUCAACCUCCCAAUCAUCACUACUACGAAUCACGACCCGCAACCAGACUCAGCCUGGUCUGCAGGUAGCACUGCAACAUGACGAUCCUCCACGAGUACGCGACUAAGGUGUGGGCCUACAUCAGCCCAAGGAAGACGCAGCAAGCUCGAGAGAAGCCUUUCCAGUUCAAGGUCCCUGCAAUUCCAACCAAGCCAAACUUCAAGAAGCAGCAGCAAGCACAAGCACAGCAGCUCUUGAGUCCGCCAGGCCGAGACAUGAGCCCAGAAUCACGCAUGAACAUCUGGCAUACCCGGACACCCAGCCCCAGCAGCGAUAUCGACAUCACACUGGUGCCUAUGUCACCUCCGGACUCCAUCAUACGAUCGCCUGAGGGCCACGAUGGUUUUGAGGGCGACACGCUGUUCAACACAUCACCGAUUUCGCCAACAUUCGACAAGGGUGGGAUCCCAGACCAGGAAGUCGAUGCCAACGACGACACAAUGGUGGUAGAUGACGGCACCUACCUCGAGACGCACAAGGGCAUCAGCUUCGACGAGCGACUGCUUAAGCAGCAGAAGCAACGACAGGAGCUGCAAGCAUGGGGUUGGCCCGAAGAUGCGAUCUUCCUGUUCCAGAAAAUAAACAUGCGUGGAUACGAGCCCAUCAUGCCUAUCGAGUGGGUGGACGAUUUGCCCAGUCUGCCCGCGGAUCUUUUUACUGAGAGGAUGGACAAGUCGUUCAUCAAGCCUGCGCUAGGCACACACUACCAUGCGCAACUAGCACUAAGCUCCCUCCUCGACCUUGGUGCCUACGUCCGCGACUCCGUCAUAACACGCGCUCCCAAGCGCCAGCCACAAUACCACGUCAAACGCGCGCUCACAAAGUACACGCGCUGGGCCUUGAAAGACGGCGGCGUAGACUUAUCCUGGGCGGCGCUCCCUCUCUUCGAAAUCGUUACAGUCGGCAAAGACGUACCCUCCACCGUCCUCGAGUCCAAAACUCUUGCAAAACUCGGCCGCCUACAUGAGCUCUGGCAAUCCACACUUGCCGCGCGCGCAGCAACGCAAUCGUUCACAUCCUCGUCAUCGACGGCGCUUGAGGUGCCAACUCUGUACGGUGUCUCCGCGUCCCACACGAUUAUGGCGUUUGUCAGCUACCUCCCACCGAGCAGAGAGAACCGCGCGCCUGGGCUACGCCUGAUUGCCAUGUUCGACUUCGGAAAGGAGGGAUUCGAUGUGUGGAAUGCGCUGGCGGCUGCUAUCUUCGUGGUGCACUGCCGGAACCGGAUGAUGCAGCUGAAGGAGUACAUACCGGAGCCGGAGGUGCGCGUUGAGGAGGAUCCUGAUGUAUAAGGACAGGGGUGAUGGGCGACAUGAAGAAAAGAAGCAAAUAGGAGAGGAGAGAUGAAGCGGUGCAAGGAGGAUUGCGUAGGUGAGGGCUUGUAAUUUCUUGGCGUUCUGUCUGUUGGCGAUAUACCCCUUAUACCCUGCACAAUACCCCAAUAUCUCAUUUGGCGAGGAGGAUGCUUUUGGGUUCUCGAAGUUGUCGACACGAUCUGGUGGGAUGGCUUCAUGCAUGCUUCCGCUCUGAGUAGCUUUUAGUUCCAGAUAUUGAUACCCG